GCCCUGGUCACAUGGUAGUGAAGGAGGCCGACCAGGAGCCGCUCUCAGGGAGCUUCCAUUCUAGUGGAAAAAGAAGACCAUAAAUAGACGAGAUGAUUUCAGUGCUCUGGAGGAAACGGAAUGGUGUUGGCGUGUGGGAGGCUUCUCGGGAAGAGGUUCCCCAAUACAACUCAUGAAGGUUUCAAUGUCACGCUUCACACCACCCUGGUGGUCCCUACAAAACUGGUGCGCCCAACCCCUGCCAAGCCCAUCCUCCCAGUGCAGACGGGGGAGCAGGCUCAACAGGAGGAGCAGUCGAGCGGCAUGACCAUUUUCUUCAGCCUCCUGGUCCUAGCUAUCUGCAUCAUAUUGGUGCAUCUACUGAUCCGAUACAGAUUACAUUUCCUGCCAGAGAGCGUUGCUGUUGUCUCGUUAGGUAUUCUCAUGGGAGCAGUUAUAAAAAUUAUAGAGUUUAAAAAACUGGCAAAUUGGAAGGAGGAAGAAAUGUUUCGUCCAAAUAUGUUUUUCCUCCUUUUGCUUCCACCUAUUAUAUUUGAGUCAGGAUAUUCAUUACACAAGGGUAACUUCUUUCAAAAUAUUGGUUCCAUCACCCUAUUUGCUGUUUUUGGUACGGCAAUUUCCGCUUUUGUAGUAGGUGGAGGAAUUUACUUUCUGGGUCAGGCUGAUGUAAUCUCUAAACUCAACAUGACAGACAGUUUUGCAUUUGGCUCCCUAAUUUCUGCUGUUGAUCCAGUGGCUACUAUUGCUAUUUUCAAUGCACUUCAUGUGGACCCAGUGCUCAACAUGCUGGUUUUUGGAGAGAGCAUUCUCAACGAUGCAGUCUCCAUUGUCCUGACCAACACAGCUGAAGGUUUAACAAGAAAAAAUAUGUCAGAUGUCAGUGGGUGGCAAACAUUUCUACAAGCCCUUGGCUACUUCCUCAAAAUGUUCUUUGGCUCAGCAGCACUCGGCACCCUCACUGGCUUAAUCUCUGCAUUAGUGCUAAAGCAUAUUGACUUGAGGAAAACGCCUUCCUUGGAGUUUGGCAUGAUGAUCAUUUUCGCCUAUCUUCCAUAUGGGCUCGCAGAAGGGAUCUCACUCUCAGGCAUUAUGGCCAUCCUGUUCUCAGGCAUCGUGAUGUCUCACUACACACACCAUAACCUGUCCCCAGUCACCCAGAUCCUCAUGCAGCAAACCCUCCGGACUGUGGCCUUCUUGUGCGAAACAUGUGUGUUUGCAUUUCUUGGCCUGUCCAUUUUUAGUUUCCCUCACAAGUUUGAAAUUUCCUUUGUCAUCUGGUGCAUAGUGCUUGUGCUGUUUGGCAGAGCGGUGAACAUUUUCCCUCUCUCCUACCUCCUGAAUUUCUUCCGUGAUCAUAAAAUCACACCAAAGAUGAUGUUCAUCAUGUGGUUCAGCGGCCUGCGGGGGGCCAUCCCCUAUGCCCUGAGCCUGCACCUGGACCUGGAGCCCAUGGAGAAGCGGCAGCUCAUCGGCACCACCACCAUCAGCAUCGUGCUCUUCACCAUCCUGCUGCUGGGCGGCAGCACCAUGCCCCUCAUCCGCUUCGCGGACAUCGAGGACGCCAGGGCACGACGCAGGAACAAGAAGGACGUCAACCUCAGCAAGACUGAGAAGAUGGGCAACACCGUCGAGUCGGAGCACUUGUCGGAGCUCACCGAGGAGGAGUACGAAGCCCACUACAUCAGGCGGCAGGACCUCAAAGGCUUCCUGUGGCUGGACGCCAAGUACCUGAACCCCUUCUUCACGCGGCGGCUGACCCAGGAGGACCUCCACCACGGGCGCAUCCAGAUGAAAACCCUCACCAACAAGUGGUACGAAGAGGUGCGCCAAGGCCCCUCAGGCUCCGAGGACGACGAGCAGGAGCUGCUGUGACCGAGCGGGACGCGUGGCUUCCGGGCAGCCGGGGCCGCAGCAGUGCCAUCCAGCCUCCCCACGGCUCCCAGGACGGCCACCCAGCAAGGGCCCCCGAGGCAUGUGCAUUUGGCAGUUCUUUGGGGUGGAUGGAAGCAGGGUGAUGCACAGGCCACUGUCGUCUUAACCCAGGACCUCCCAGGCCUUUGGAGCCAGCCGGCUGCCCUGAAGCACCCUCUCCCCGCUCCUCACUGGGCUGGACCUCUGCCCUCGGGGUGGCUUCCCAGCCCGCGGAUUGGAGGGACCACCUCUGCGGGUCAGUGUUUCCUUCCGCUUCUGUUGCCAGGGAGUAGUCCUCUGUCACGCCGAGGUGCCUGAGAGGAGAUAUCCUGCUGUGGACCCACUGUGCAGGGCGUCCCGGGAGCGUGGGGCACCGUUGCCGCCAUCCCUGGCCACUGCCUUCAUUACAGGGGCCCUUCCCUGCUGCACGGGUGUCGGUACCUGCAGGGCGAGGAGCCCGCCGCCGCUUCCCUGUGCAUCAUCGAGGCGCCUCCGCCCUCAGCAGCAGCAGUUCUCACCUAAGCGGCAGGCUCAGAAACCUUGAAAACCUCACACUCCCCUUCGUGAUGUCGCUUGCACUCCCUGAGGAAGAGAAACUGAGUGACCUUUUUCUCUUUACCUCUGAUUGGCACCUCACAGGCUGUCUCCCUGGGCAGCAGGCAGCUACUGCCCUUCUCUGGGAAUACUGUGAAUGUUUACACUGGAACCUCUCUGGAGCCCCAGUGGAAGCCGUAUCCCUGGGGUUUUGGGGGUGAGCGACCCUAUCCUGUGGGGUCAGAGCACCCUCUAGAGGGAAAGUCUUCAGGGUUUAUGCCGGCCAGCAGCUGCUGUCUUUGAAUUCAGUUUAAAUUCCUGCACUUUUACAAAGUGGUGAGAGCCUAGCAGUCCCUUCCCUGACCUCGAUUCCUUACUCGGUGGUCCUUGUUUGUUUAGAGGCCCCUUUUCCUGGGCUCUGCCCACCGUUUACCUGCUGCGCCUUCACUGCUCAUCGGCAUCUUUUUUUUCCUCUCCCAGUUCUCUACCAUCUUGGGUCCCAUUUGUCCCCGUGCUCCUCCUCUGCCACCCCACCCCAGGACUCCAGUGGCCUGCAGCCAGGUGCAUCUGAGCCUCACCUGCAAUCCCUGAGCAGCCGCCGCUACCUCAGGACUCGCUCACAGAGUGCUUGCGCGCGCGCGCGCACACGGCACACACACGCGCACCCCUGCCCCGGCCACGCGCGCGCGCGCGCACACACACGCACACCCCUGCCCCGGCCACACGCGCGCGCGCGCGCACACACACUCACACCCCUGCCCCGGCCACACGCGCGCGCGCGCACACACACACCUGCCCCAGCCACACACGCACACACACGCACACCCCUGCCCCGGCCACACACACACACACCACACACACGCACACCCCUGCCCCGGCCACGCGCGCGCGCGCGCACACACACACACGCACACCCCUGCCCCGGCCACACGCGCGCGCGCACACACACACACCUGCCCCAGCCACGCACGCACACGCGCGCGCGCACACACACACACACACACACACACACACACACACACCUGCCCCGUCCCAUGGUCCGGGCCCCUGGGCCACCUCAAGGUGAGGAGCUGCCAAUCAUGUCCAGAGGACAUGGAGUUUCUGACUUCCCCGCAUCCAUCCCCUUCACCGGCCCUUUAACAAGUCUUUAUCUGCUUGCUUGUGCCCAUCUAUAGGCCUCUGGCAGUUUCCGUAUGUGGCUCAGGGUCUCAGCUGGAGCUUUGGGACUCGGCACCCUCUGGCGUGGUUUAAUUCAUCAUGUGCAUGUCGUUGGUUCUGUUUCGGACACAGUGGGCCAGCAUGGACCUUGGGCUGGCAGCAAAUAUGUUUCCAUCUUCUCAGCCUCAGGCGGCGUGGCUCUCGAUGUGAGGAAGGACUGACCUUGGGACCCUCCAGGACCCAUGUAGCCAGCCCACGAGGCCAGACCCCUGCCUUAACCCCUUCCCUUGCCCCAGAAGUGUAAGCGUAAAGCCAGUCAGGCAGGAGGGCACAUGGCUUCCUUUUUAUGCAUGAAAAGUAAAUUUGUACUUGAUAGAGCUAAAAUAUGAUUUCUUUUUGUAAUCUCCCACCUUAACCCCAUAAUUUGAGCCAAAUAGGAUUACUUUACUUCACCUAAUAUCCCCACUGGAAGAUUAAUGCCAUGCAUAAUUCCAGUCUGCAUCAUUUCCUAUUUCUUUUUAGUGGAAAAGAGAAGAGGUCAAAGGGAGGGGACCUUUGUCCAUAAGGGGAGGGGGCAGGGAUAAGAGGCCAGAUUGUUCUCUCAUUCUCCAAUUCGUAAGUAACUGACUUUUCCCCCUGAAAUUCAGAGUCUGAUCUCCGAGGUGUAAGUUGCAUUGUCAACUCAAUAGCUUGCCGGAAAAAAAUUUUGGGGGGCUGUGAGUUCAUAGAUUAAAUAAUGAAAACAGGAUCUUCUCAGUUCAGACUGCCCUUUGUCACCAGGUCCCACCUGUCCUCCCACUUUUAGCUGAGACCUGAGAGUGACACUAAGUAGAGAAGCACGUGGGGGCGGGGCAAGGUCCCCAAGGCUUGGCUGUGUGGAGGUGGCUGGGGGAGAGUCUUGCCUGGCCUGGAGCAGCGCGAGCCUGGGUGUCCCGUGAGCUGCUCCUGCCCUCUGCUGGCCAAGUAGUGGCUUAGCAGCGUGGGAGGGCAUUCCCCCGCCGAGGAGGGGCGCCCCGUGUGCCUCAGCCAUCUGUCUGUUCACCUUUGAACAGGCCAAAGCCCAUCGAGAGAGAUUUUUCUGGUGGACUUUUUUCAGAUGUCUUUGCCUGAGAAUCAAAAAUUGCUGCUGUCUACCUUCAGCAUUCCUAAUAAUUCUAUUGUUUGGGGCAAUAAAUGCCUAGAAGAUUAAAAAAUUCCAGCAUAACUAUAACUUCACACAGGUUUUCUUUUAGGUCUAGGCCAUGGGACAGGAGAAGUAUAGCACAGAGAGAAGGUAAUACUUUAGGAGGAGGUGAAGGCUGUAAGGUCAGUGCGUGCCUUUGGGGAAGCUGGUUGGCUAGCCAGUGAACUCUGAGGACAUGCCGUCUUGGGGAGCUGGGGCAUCCUGUAGCACUAAGGCCCCACCCCAAGGCUCCCCCAGCAGCCCCUCCGCAGCAGGCCCUAUGAUUUUGGACUUGGAAUACAUCACGUGUUCUUCAGCCCUGUGGUUGUAGGACCUCUGGGAAUAACCAUGCUCAGAGGCUUGGAGUGUGAGGCCUCACAGGAAAAGAAGCUGGCUUUUCCUAGGUCCCCAGAGAUCAAGUUCGGGCUGAGCUGGAACAGAGCCAGGCGGAAGGAGGCUCAGUUCCAUCGUCUGGCGCUCACUCAGCCCAGGGGCAGACCCUCUCCCCAAGGCCAGCCACCUCUUUUCACACACUGGGAAUGCUGGCUGGGCCCCGGCUGACAUGAGGCCAGGGGCCCAGAAUGUUGGCAGCCCCUGAGUACCCCAGGUCAGCCUAGGGAGGCCCUGAUUUGCCUGCAGAUUCGUCUGCGUGCGGUGGAGUGUGGAAAGGCUGGUGAGUGGGGAGCCUUCUCCUUCAAGCCCUUGCCUAAGGUGGCCUUCCGGGGCCUCAGAUCCACACUCCCACGGGGGGUCCACACUCCCACGGGGGGUCCACACUCCCACGGGGGGUCCACACUCCCACGGGGGGUCCACACACGUGGCAAAGUCCCCAGCGGGGAGGCCACAGCCAGAAUCCCUCUUCUGCUUCGGUGGGAAGAGUGAGGGUGGGGCCGGGUGGUGACCGGCUACUCCUCAGCCAGGUCCGGGGGGCCGUCGAAGGUACGGGAAGGUGCAGGCGUGGCUUAGGGUGGGUCUGGCCUUAGAACUGACCCCUGAUUCUAGUGGGCGGAGGAAUCUCUCAACAGCAAUGAUUGACUGUCAGUUAGGACUUCAAAUGCGAAAAAAAGAGGAAAGCUCCUUUGCUCCUUCCCCAUUCCCUCCAGAAUGCAGGCAUGUGAUUCUCCGGCUGGGUGGUGGGUAGGAAAUUAUCUGAAACGUUCCCGGUAGAGCAGCCAGAAUCAUUAAGAAGUUGUUCUAACAGGAACCCGGUCUCCAAAGCCCCGGGCAAUAUGUUUUAAAUGAAAACACCACAGUCAGAGUGACGGCUUCGGAUAAGCAGCCACACUCCCUUCCACUUAGUCUCCUGUCAUUUCUCACACAAAUGGAGUUAGAUGUUCAGGGACUUCCACCGUCAUUGCCCAUGUUACAAAAGAAGACUUUCUAAUUUCCCCCACCCCGUUUCACCCUUUCUCACCCCAGCUGACACAGUCCCUAAUCCCAGAGGGGAAGAAAAAUUGUGGCUUUUCCUACCCAGGAGCUGGUCUUUUCCCAGCUGCUCUGCGUGAGCGUCCUGGCUUCAGGGCGAGAGCCGAGUGCUCGGAGCGCAGCUGCGGACCCCGUGGCCGUGGGAUCGAUGGGGAUUGUGCAGUUCGGUGGUCAAGAGAAAGGUCACCUGUCAGCGCUAUGGGCCCCUGUCCAAGGAGCUGGUCAGCCACGCGGAAGAGCCACUUCUCCAGGCCCCAGCGCUGCUCUAAGGCGCCACGGAGGCCCAUGGGCCAGGGAAGGCUCCUCACUCGCUCGGCUGACUCGGGGUUCGUGACUACCAAAGGCUUUAGCAUUUUCUCCAGUACAGCUCCUGCAAAGCUUGAUUUGUUCUCAAGAUUAGUCAGAAUCUUGUAUUCUUUUGAGUAAUUUUCUUUGUAAAAAUGAAGGAUUUUUUUUAAGUACAGCUUUUUGAUAUAAGGACUAAUUGGGAAGGUCAGGCUUGUUCUUUUGUCCUCCCCCAAGUAAGAUGUGAGAGGCAGCUGUUAGGUCCUGGUUCCUGAGAAAUGAUUUGCUGCUCUUCUUGGUGGGGCUGCGGGUUGCAGAGGAGAAGGUGGGUCGGAGGUGGAGGGACCUGCAGCUGCUCUUCUGGAGCCUCUACCACGUCUCACUGGACUCUUUAAAGAAUUCAGAAAUGGAUGGAAAACAGUAAUGUCACUGGAUUCUUACUUAGAAAUAAAAAUGAACGCUGCUGAA